AAUGCGCGCGGCUAUGUGAAUGUUGAAAUUGUAUACUAGCAUGUACUACUGGUUUUACGUUUUUUAACGCUUUUAGUUUAAUUGAAUACUUUGUACCGAAAUGUUAGAGUUGUCGAGAACUCCAGUAAAAGAUAUGGAUAGUGAUUAUAUACAAAUACUUUCACAACAGACUCCUCGACAGAGUGGGGUAAAGUCAUCAUUUUUGAAAAAGUGCAUUAGUUCUAGAAGUAACAAAAAAGGAUUUUCUUGUGAAGAUAUGACUAUUGAUACAACCUUAGCUCAGUUAAGUGACCAAUCAAUGUCAUUCAUAAAUCCAGAAAAUCCAGUCAGUUCUGACAUCAGUGGUAUCUAUGAAAUUGACAGCAGAUUUCAAGAUACUCCUAAGAUGGAUUUGACAGAUGCUUCCAGAGGUGAUUUUGAUACUGCUGUCAUCUUAAAUGCAGAUGCUGGGGCUUUAUAUGCUGAUUUUUUAUAUGAAGAAUUUCUUGAUUUUUUUCUGAGUUACGCAGGAGAGCAUGAGAUUUUUAAUCUUUUGCUAAAUUAUGAAGAGCUGUGUUGUAAAGGCAUUGAGAAAUUACAAGAAAUACUUGUGAAAAGAACUUCAGUAGAAACUAAAUUACAGAAAACAUCUUGCAUGCUUCGUUUUUUGCAAGAAGAACGUAACACUUGGCGAUUAUUGCGAACACUUUUUAAAGAUCGUUUGGAAACUGAAAUUACUGAAGAAGGGGAUAUAACAAUGUAUCCUUUGGGAAAGAAAAUAAGUGACAAACAAAUAGUUGAAAAUAUUUAUCAGAAAGAUUCAUACAUACGCCAAAGUCAGCUUAUAGUUGAUUGGUUGGAAAAAAAUGCUGCUGAUGAUUUUCGGGACAUGUUCUUUGAUAAAUUUGAAUAUUUCACAGACAAUUGUUUAGCACUGGAACAUUCACUGAAUGAACUGACGUCAAAUAUUAACCUAUCAAAAAACAAAGAAAACUUAAUGUUUGAAAUGGAUCCAGAUGCUCCUUUCAGGCAAGAGAGCUAUCCUGUACAUGAAGCAGAUAAAGAAAAUGAAGCACGCUUGUUUAAGUUCAUGUUCAUCUGCAUUCGUUCUGGAAAGCUUGAUGAUGCACAACAGUUAGCAGAAAGGUUUGGUGAGCCAUGGUUAGCUGCUGCUUUAGAGGGGUGGAGGCUUUUUCAUGAUCCCAAUUAUGAUAAUGAAGUUAUGGAAGGACAAGAAUUGCAACCAGUUGAAGGUAACAAAUACAGAGAUCUGUGGAAAGCAGCUUGCUGGAUGGCAUCUCAAGCACCUGUUGUACCUGUUUAUGAGCAGGCUGUGUAUGGUUCAGUAUGUGGAAAUCUGAAAGCUCUCAUACCUGUUUGCCAUACCUGGGAAGACUUUUUAUGGACGUAUAUGAGAACAUCUUUAGAUAAGCGUAUUGAGGAUGAAUUACAGAGUUCUGCAUAUCAGCAAAGAGCUUUGGAGGAAAUGCCUGCUGAAUAUUGGGAUAAAACGUUAGAUUUUGCAGAAAUAUUUCAAGAAUUGGAAACAAAUGAUUCAAGAGUGAAGCUGAAUUGCAACAGUUCUCAUCAUGUAAUACAGAAAUAUAUAAUUUUAAAUGAUCUAGAUGGGCUCAUAGAAGAAAUGUAUAAUUGGCUAAGCAAUAUCCAGCUGCAAGGCCAUGUUUUGCGAUGCAUGGCACACAUAAUUCUUUUCUUACGAGUUAUUGGAAAAUCUACGAAGGAGGAAUUGUGUAUUCCUAUUUUAGAAGCAUAUGUUCAAGAAUUGAUAAAAUCUCGCAAAGUUUCUCUUGUGGCACCUUAUACAUCAACACUUCCUAAACAGCAGCAAAUAAUGUGGUAUGCAAAGUUUUUGGAAGGUGUAACAGAUAAUGCUGAGCGUCAGAAGUGUUUACAGUAUGCAGAAGAUGCUGGGCUUGAUGUUCCUGAAAUCACUAAAACUGUCGUAAGAAAUAUACGAGAAAAAGAAUCUGACAGAACUGAAACAUUUACAGACCUUUCAGUCUUGACGACAGCUGAAGAUCUACAAAAAAUCAAUUCUAUUGACUGGCUAAUAUUUGAUCCAACUCAGAGAGCUGAAGCUGUGAAACAAGCAAAUGCCCUAAUGAGAAUUUUCAUUGUUCAACGUAAAAUUGAAGCAGCUAAAGCAGUUUUUUCCAAAGUACCACCUGAUUCUGUUGGAGUAAUGGUACAACUUUCAAAAGCUAAAGGACUUGAGGAAUUAUCUGAUGAUGAUGAUAAUGCAACUAGGGAGUAUUUGUGUUUCAAAGCUUAUCUAGAAGCAAUGGAUGCAUUUAGUAGCUGGUUCCAUCAUUCAGUACAAGCAAAACCAAAAGAACCUCAACCUCCUUCUGGUGAAAAUGUAACUUUUAAACAAAAAGUUGCGUACGAGCAUGAAAUGCAACAGUAUAAGAAAGAUUUAGAAAGAUGGCACACUGUUGUAGCAUCACUUGGCUUGAAUGCAGCUGAAUGUUUUUAUAAUGUACUACUCUUUGUGAGUGGGGGAUGGAUGGUAGAUCAAAGAACAGAUGGCACACCAGAUGAAAAUCGACAGUUACAGUUGUCACAUUUACGUAAAUUCUGUAUCCCUCAGGUUACACAAUUAUUGCAAGAACUAUUACACAGCGAAAAUAGAUUUAAAGAAGCUUUGCAGUUGGCUGACAUCAUUGCAUCAGAAAGGUAUCAACUAUACAAGGAAUUUACAUCUGAAGCUCUCAAAGAUUUUUUGCGUGCCACACUUUUUUCUUCUUUUGCCUUACUAAAUCAAAAACUGGAUCCUUUGGGCUAUGAGUAUCAAGAGAAUUUGUAAUAUAUUUUUGAAUUUUAUUUUGUACAAUAAUGUAUUAAAAAUAUUUUCUAAUAA